AUGGACUCAAAGAGUGACCGAGAAGGAAAAAAUGAGCUCGAGCUCUCAGUCCGCAACCAUUCAGAUAAUGAAUCAAGAAUAAGUUAUGAGAAUGCUGUUAAAUCCUCCCAGAGUGAUGUUAACUUGGGAGAAUGGUUAACAUUAGGCCUUCACAGUUCUGGAGAAUCCUCGGGUGCUGCCAGUGCGAAAGACAUUGCCACUCGCAUUCCAUAUAAACAGGAAGCGAACAAGGUCUUCUCUUGCAAUUUCUGCAUAAGAAAGUUCUAUAGCUCACAAGCUCUGGGUGGUCACCAGAAUGCGCAUAAGAGGGAACGUGGGCAAACCACAGAUCAUCUUUCAGUCGCGAGUCAGCCAUUUACUUCUCGGGCAAUGCUGUCUCUUGGUGUGCAGGCUCAUUCACUGGUGCACAAACCAAACAGAGGAAGGAGCGGCGCAAUGCGUUCUUCGCUUGUGCAGGCUCAUUCAUCGGUGCACAAACCAAGCAGAGAAGGGAGCAGUGUGAUUAGAAGAUCUAGUGAUCACGCCCCUGGAUAUGGUAUAGUUUGGAGAGCUUCCCUACUAGAAGAAGUGGGAUCAAACUGGCCAGGCAGUUUUCACAUGGACAAGAAGUUAGAUCGGAACAAAUUAGAGUUGAAUCUUCGUUUGUGA